UAUUGUUCCCUUGAUAAAUGUUUAGGCUUCAGUCCCCGUGAGCUUGGCUGUGUGUUCACUUGGCGCAUAUCAUGUAAAAGAAAGAUACAUGAGUAAGAAAAUAGAAAGUUUUGAAUUAAUUGAGGGUUUAGCUUCAAGGACUCCAGCCAGCUCCUACAUAGACUCCAGACAUGGUCACGUGCAACAAGUACCUAAGGACUGCUUCGGGGAUCCUUAAAAUAGCGGAGACUGUGACAGUGGCCACCACCUUCGGGCUCUUCCGGGGAAUCCCCUUGACCUUCGGCAGCACCCACCACUUCGCAGGCGGCAUCGGCACCGACACGGACUUCUUCGCGGGCGGGGCCAUGGUGACUGCGCUGAUCGUCACGCCUUUGUUUUUCGUCUUCUAUCUCCUGGGGCGGAACGAGAUCAGGAAGACUGGGAUGGAAGUUUUACUGAACUUCAUUCUCAGCGUUUUCCUCUUCGUCUCCGGUUCCCUGUGCCUGGCCUUUUAUAACUCGACUCCCUUGCCUAGCCCUUGGAACAGCAAGAAGAAGGAAGGCAUUGCGAUGGGCGUCUUCUGCUAUAUCUCCGCCAGUUUCUAUGUGGCAGACACUUUCGUUGCCAUUAGGAACUUUUGUCGUAAAGAAACCGAAACGGAUGCAUGAAAAUGGUGGUUUUUAAUUGUUUACGUUCUUACGCUAUUAAAGAAAACGGGAAUGUUGUGUAAAUAAAGAGAAAACUGUUGUGACGGUUUCAGCAAUAAGAGGGUAGACUGAAUAAAGAUUUAUAUCCCAUUUAA